GGAGCAUAUCCUGCGCUGUGAGCCACAGACACCAGAAAGUCUUCCAACAUGAGCUACUCUCUGGAAUCUAUAGGUAGCCCCUCUUAUAGGAGGAUGGCGGAGAUCCGGACCAGCUACAGUAGGACCAGCAGUUCCCCUACCAGCGGUUUCAGAUCUCAGAGCUGGUCCAGAAGCACUCCUAACACCAUUUCCUCCUCUUAUAAGAGGACCAACCUUGCAGCUCCCAGAGGGUUCAGCUCCGGUGACAGUUUGGACCUGAGUCAGUCCUCCGGCUACAAUGGGGACCUCAAGCAAGUCAGGUCCAACGAGAAAGAGCAACUGCAGGGACUUAAUGACCGUUUUGCCGGCUACAUCGAUAAGGUCCACUACCUGGAGCAGGCGAACAAAGAGAUCGAAGCAGAGAUCCAAGCCCUGAGACAAAAGCAGGGUGGCUACAGCCAGCUGGGUGAGAUGUACGAGCAGGAGAUGAGGGAGCUGAGGACCAACCUGGAGCAAGUCAACCAUGAGAAGGCGCAGAUCAUCCUAGACUCCGAACACCUAGAAGAAGACCUCCAGAGGCUGAAGGACAGGCAUGACGAGGAGGCCAGGAUCAAGGAUGAGACGGAGUCUGCUAUAAGGUCUAUGAAGAAGGACAUAGAUGACACGUCCUUGAUCAGGAUGGAUCUGGACAAGAAGGUGCAAUCCCUGCAGGAAGAGAUCGCCUUCCUGAAGAACCACCAUGAGGAAGAAGUUGGCGAGCUCCUAGCUCAGAUCCAGGCCUCACACAUCACUGUAGAAAGGAAAGAUUUCCAGAAAACAGAUCUGGCCUCAGCCCUGAGGGAAAUCCGCUCCCAGCUGGAGGGCCACUCCAACAUCAACAUGAUGCAGACCGAGGAGGUCUUUAAAAACAGAUAUGCCAAGCUUACAGAGGCUGCCGAGCAGAACAAGGAGCAGAUCAGGUCUGCCAAAGACGAGAUGUCAGAAUACAGAAGGCAAUUACACAGCAAGACCGUGGAGCUGGAAUCUGUCAGGGGUACCAAAGAGUCACUGGAGAGGCAACUGAAUGACAUAGAAGAGAGACACAACCAUGAUCUGUCAAGUUACCAGGAAACCAUCCAGCAGCUGGAUAAUGAGCUGAGAGGAACAAAAUGGGAAAUGUCCCGCCACCUGAGGGAAUACCAGGACCUGCUCAAUGUCAAGAUGGCUCUGGAUAUAGAAAUUGCUGCAUACAGGAAACUUUUGGAAGGGGAAGAAACCCGCUACAGUUCAUUCUCCAGCAUUCCCUCAGGCCCCUCAUCUUCAUCCAGACAGGCACCUAUCAUGAUAUCCUCCACCCGAGUACAACAUUCACGGGCUGAGGCACCAAGAGUUAAAGUGCAACACAAAUUUGUUGAGGAGAUCAUUGAGGAGACCAAAGUUGAAGAUGAGAGGUCAGACAUGGAGGCAGCUUUGGCUGCUAUGGCAGAAGAGUUUGCGGCAGGUCUUUUAGAUGGAGAUGAGCAGAAGGAAGAUGAAGGAGAGGAAGAUAAAGAGGGAGAAGGAGAAGAAGAGGGAGAAGGUGAGGUUGAAGAGGAGAUUGUAGCAGCUGUAAAAUCCACAGUACAGGCAGCAGCACCAGGAGAGGAAGAGGAGGAAAAGGAGGAAGAGGCAGAAGAAGAGGGAGAGAAGGCAGAGGAAGAAGCAGAGGAGGAAGGUGAGAAAGGUGAAGAAGAGGGAGAAGAGGAAGGAGAAAAAGAAGAAGAAGAAGCAGCAGAGGAGGAAGGGGAGAAGGAGGAAGAAGCAGAAGCAGUAGAGGGGGAGGUAGAGGAAGAGGAAAAGGAAGAAGAAACAACAGAAGAAGCAGCAGCAGAGGGUGAGGAAGAGGAGGGAAAGACAGAAGAAGAAGAAGAGGGUGAAAAGGCAGAUGAUGAGGGAGACAAAGAGGGAGCAGAAGAAGAGAAAGAGGAGGUAGCAGAAGAAGAAGGUGGUGAGGAAGAAGCAGAAGCAGAAGAAGCUGGAAAGGAGGAAGAGGAGGGUGAGAAAGAGGAAGGAGAGGGAGAGCAGGAGGCAGAAGGAGAAGAAGAGGCUACAGAGGAUGCACAGGAAGAUGAAGUAGUAGAAGAGCCUUUUGUGGAGACUAAAAUUGUGAGGGUAAAAGCUGAGGUACAAGAGAAAGUAGCAAAGGAGGAAGCAGAGGAAGAGGAAGAGGGAGAGAAGGGAAAGGAAGAAACUGAGGAAAAAUCUGGAGAUGAGGAAGAAGAAGGAGAUACAACUGAGAGCUCUGAACAGCAGGAAGAGGAGAAAGGAGAGUCAGAGGAGAAGGAAGAGGAAGUAGAAGGAGAAACCAAAGAAGAUGAGGAAGCUGGAGAAGACAAAGAAGAAGGUGAAGCAGAGGAGGAGAAAGCUGGAUCCCCUGAAGAGAAAAGUGUGGAGGAGACCGUCACUGUGUCCAAGGCAGCUUCUGUAGGAACAGAGAAAGGUGAUGUAAAGGAACAAGAACCAGAAGCAGAGGAAGCAAGUAGCCCCAGGGACGAUGGAAAGGAAGAUACAGCAGUGAACGGAGAUGUUGAAGAGGAGAGUGAAGAGAGUGAGGACAAAGCUGUAGUUACCAAUGGCCUGGAUGACAGUAAGUCAGAGGAUAAAGAUGAAAAGAGCCAAACUGUUGUAAUCACCAAAAAGAUUGAAACCACAACCAGCGAGGGUGAGGAUGGUACCAAAUACAUCACCAAGUCAGUGACUGUCACCCAGAAAGUGGAGGAACAUGAAGAGACCAUCCAGGAGAAGUCAGUGUCCACAAAGAAGGUAGAGAAAGUCACAUCACAUGCAGUGGUCGAGGAAGUCACUGAGAAUAAGUGAAAACAUAGUCAUAGCACUUCCAGCAAGCAGCAGCAGGACUGAAAAAGCCAUAAGAUAAACUGCAUGUAACGUGACAGCUUCUAAUGGGCUUCUAGCAGAUGGGGUUCUCUCGUGGGGUGGGGGCUCCAGACACUGUAAUAUUACUUUCUGUGCAAUAUUCGGGGCGGGGAAAUGCAUGCAAGCCUAAGAUUUACCCCUCCCACACAACUUGGUGAAUUCACAAUAAAAAAGCAAACGGGUGCAUGAAUUGUGAAAAGGACAAACAUAGAUGAGAGUUUCCUAAGUUGAUGUGGGCCUGGGUGAGCGUUAAUGAUUUGAGGGUCCUCAGCUGAAUUAUGCAAAGAACUAACUGAGCCAAAAAUGGGAGGGAGGGGACCAUGAAACGGAAGUUUUCUCGCCUUAAUAAAUGAAAUCUAUCCUUAUGUUUACCUCACUGGUGCAAUUAACAGACUGCAGGUCAUGGGAGAACCUGAAUGAGUUUAACAGAACUUGCUGACAGUUUAUGUAAAAGCAAGCCUAGCUCAAUAAAAGGUAAUAUUGGAACUAU